CCUCUCGUGAGCGCGCCGGCGCUUCGUUCCGGAAAUGACGAUGGCGAUGCGGGUACCUGCGGCUGCGCAGCGCGCUGUUAGUGGGAGGCGGACCGAGGGGGGUUGCGGUGGUGGGAGGUCGGCCUGGGCUAACGGCAGACCUGGGUGUUCACCUAAACUGUCGCCGCAGGGACGUUACAGGGGAAGUUGCGAUUCCUUCAGCGUGAGGUUUUGCAUGUUCGUGUGUGUGAAAUUAAGGCGUCUCCCGUGUGAGGGUGAACUUCGGGGUUCAGUGGGGCACCCCCCCCCCCCCCCGUGUGAGGGUGAACUUUGGGGUGUGGAUGAAACACAGUCAGUUAUUUUCACUUUGUUGAAAUAUGUUGAUUAAAUAACUGAUGAGAUUCCUAUAUUAAAAAUUGACCACACUUUGAAAGUAUUUUGGUCUAAAAUUACAUUGUCUGAUAAGUAAAUUCAAGGGUGCUACCUAAGCAAAAGGGCCUUUUAAAGAACAUCUGAUUAUAAUACUUUAAAUGCCUGUGAUCAUCAGGAGGGUUUUUGAGCACUUGUCAGGUAGAGCUGUGAUUUCUUAUUUUGGUUGUGAUUGAUUGUGACUCAGCAAUGUUGAGUAAUUUUUCAACACUGGGUUUUCUGCGGUGAUGCUGAAGAAUGGAGCGGACUUUAGCAAGGUCCCUUGGCAUACCAAGGAACAAGAUAGAACUGCUGUGACUUUACAUAUGCCUUAAAAUGGACUUGGACCAGGCUGAUGAGAGCGAGGAUGAUAAUCAAUGGGCUUGUAUCCGAAAACGAGUUAGGGAAAUUAAGGCCAGUGUUGAGAGUCUACCGCCUAGUAAGAAAACACACGAUAACCAUCUGAGUGUUCCUGAAAUAACUCUGAAGAAAGAAGAGAUGCAGUCUGCAGCAUCAGUAACCCAGGACUAUAUGGACCAGGUUGACUGUGACAGUCAAGAGGACCUCUUUGGGGACUAUGACAGCUUCGGAGAUGACAGCUGGUUACUGGCACAGUUUGAAGAUGCAGAAAGAAAACAUUCUGUUUGCACAUCAAGCCCAAAGAAUAAAGAGAGACAAGCCACAUCAUUUUCCCUAACAUUUCAAAAUUCUGACACACUUCAUUUACAAAAUGAUGAGAAUAAAAUUCACAAACUUACAGAAGAUGUUGAAUCAAUUAAAGAUUCCUGUAGGACCAGAAGUAAUAUUGCAACUGAACAGUUUUGUUCUAAAACUUUGUCUGUGUUGCAUGCGGCAAAUAUAGAUGAACUGGAUGAAUUACCAUGCUCACAACUUGCACAUAUGGAGGAAUUUAACUCCCCACUGGUAAAACAUGAAAGCAAAGAGUUAGAAACAGAAGCCAACUUACCAUUGAACUGCAUUGUGGAUGACCUUUCUAGCAUUCCUUCUGUCUUGAAUAAAAGAAUAGAAAACCUUAAUGUUCAAAACCAAUCAAGGACCACAAAUCCUGGAACAUGCAAGCAGCUAAGCCUCAAAGAUCAGAUGAAAAAUGCAAUGGCUGAAAAUGCUAAGUCACCAUCACCACAGAUAUCAAGAAGUAAACUGUUGAAGGAGAUUAUCCUAUCUGAGGAAAUAAAUGUUGCAGUGAAAACUAUUGAAGCCACAUCAGACAUUGAUAUGGGCCCGUUUUAUGGACUUCCAAGCAAAGUUACGGAUUUGAUUUUCCAGUUCAAAGGCAUCAAAGAACUUUACGAGUGGCAACACACUUGUCUGACAUUAAAAUCUGUACAAGAAAGAAAAAAUCUUAUUUAUUCACUGCCAACAAGUGGUGGGAAGACAUUGGUCGCUGAGAUUUUGAUCAUGCAGGAGCUACUGUGUAGGAAAAGAGAUGCACUGUUUAUUUUGCCAUAUGUGGCUAUUGUCCAGGAGAAGGUGCGAGAUCUUUCGGCUUUUGGAAUAGAAUGUAAUUUCUUAGUGGAAGAGUAUGCUGGAAGUAAAGGCAGGUUCCCGCCAAUCAAGCGUAGAAAGAAGAAUUCUCUGCUUAUUGCCACCAUUGAGAAGGCCCACAGUUUAGUGAAUUCCCUAAUAGAAACAGAAAGGAUUAAUAGUUUGGGUCUUGUUGUGGUUGAUGAGCUGCACAUGCUUGGUGAAGGGAGCCGUGGAGCAGUACUGGAAAUGGCAUUGUCUAAAAUCCUCUACACGUGCAAAACCACACAAAUCAUUGGAAUGAGUGCAACUCUGAGUAAUGUUACCGACUUGCAGCAGUUUUUGAAGGCAGAACAUUAUACCAGUAACUUUCGACCUAUCCAAUUAAAAGAAUAUGUUAAAAUUCGUGAUAGUAUUUACAAAGUGGACAACAAGUCAGAAGACAGUUUUACAUUUGCUCGACUAUUGAACUACAAGUAUUCAAGUGAAAUGGAGAAGAUUGAUCCAGAUCAUCUUAUUGCACUUGUGACUGAAGUUAUCCCAAAGCAUUCUUGUCUUUUGUUCUGUCCGACCAAAAAGAAUUGUGAAAAUGUGAGCAAGAUGCUCUGCAAGUAUUUAAGCAAGUCAUUUCUUUCUGUGAAGGAGAAAGAAAAGUGUGCUCUUAUUGAGGAAUUGAAAAAUAUCGGAAAUGGUAUGAUAUGCCCUGUUUUACGUGGAACUGUACCAUAUGGAUUAGCAUACCAUCACAGCGGGCUGACGAAUGAUGAAAGAAAAGUUAUAGAACAGGCCUACUCUGCAGGAAUACUCUGCUUGCUAACUUGUACGUCGACACUUGCUGCUGGUGUUAACCUGCCAGCUCGGAGGGUUAUUCUGAGAUCUCCUUAUGUUGCCAGGGAUUUUCUAAAAAGGAAUCAGUACAAACAGAUGGUUGGGAGAGCUGGCCGAGCAGGUAUUGAUACUGAAGGAGAGAGCAUUCUGAUAACACAAGAACAGGAUAAGAAGCUGGUUGCAGACUUGAUAAGUAGACCAAUGGAGUGUUGCUAUAGCAAUCUUAUACAAGGCAGUGAAAAAGGAAUUAAAGAUCUGCUGCUAUCCCUUAUUGGGCUAAAGGUUGCCCAGACACUUGAUAAAAUUGUUGAGUUCAUGGAAGGCACUUUGCUUGGUGUGCAGUGGCAACACCACUUCAAAGAAAAAAGCCUUUUCGAGGUGAUAGAACAAGCUCUUCAACCAUUGAUGGAAAAAAGUUUAAUAAAGGGCCGAAGAUCAAGGAGUAGUGAAGAUGAGAUGUGCUGUCAACUGGAAGUCACAAAGCUGGGCCUUGCUACCUACAAAGGAUCAAUAGACUUGGCUUACUGUGAUACUUUGAACAUGGAUUUGAAGAAAGGCUUGGAGGGAUUGGUGCUUGAUAACUACUUUCAUCUAAUCUACUUGGUAACACCAUAUGAUAUGGUUUCCCAAUGUACUCCAGACUGGAUGAUUUAUUUUACACAGUUUCAUCAAUUGGAUUUAAUUGAACAAAAUGUCUUUGCCACUGUGGGUGUACCAGAGAGCUUCCUUACAAAGAAGGCAUCUGGUCAAGCAGUCAAGAAGGCUGUAAAUGGGUUUGUCAUUAGACGGUUCUACCUGUCCUUGGUCCUUUAUUUGCUUUUCAAAGAGAUGAACAUGUGGGCUGUGGCACAGAAGUUUAACCUACCCCGUGGCUUUAUGCAGAAUUUGUUGAGUUCAGCAGCAGCUUUCUCCUCUAGUGUCCUGCAUUUCUGUGAGGAAUUGGAGGAAUUCUGGGCAUAUCGGGCUCUCUUUACAGACCUCACGCAGAAACUGUCAUACUGUGUGAAACCAGAACUUAUUCCUCUUAUGGAAGUAUCAGGCGUCCUAGAGGCUCGAGCUCGACAGUUAUACAAUGCUGGUUAUAAAUCUUUGUCUUAUCUGGCUAAUGCAAGCCCUGAAACGUUGGUCAAAUCAAUUGAACACAUGUCCAGACGCCAGGCUAAUCAAAUUGUUUCCUCUGCUAAGAUGCUGCUAAAUGAAAAAGCCGAAGCUUUACUAGAAGAAGUAGAAGAGCUAAUGAGACUACCCACUGACUUACCAUAAGAUGGUGUUUCUAAUGGACCUUGCCAUCAACUUACCGGUCUGUGACUACCAGUGGACACAAUUACUCGUGAACAAAGAUAUGGUCUGUACUGUACAUGGUUGUAACUGCAACACAUUGAACUAAGUGAGGUUUUAGGUUAUUUUGUUGCAUUUUUUUAGACUCGGUAGAAAAGUUGUCCAAUUGCACAAAAACAACCAACUAUAAUGUAUAUAGUCGUUAGUGUAGAAAGAAUGAAGUAACUUCAAAAUUGUGCUAUUAUUCAGACUUCUGUGUUCAUAUCUUUUUUUAUAAAAGUACAUAAAAGCAAGUGCAAUAAAAUAUUAGAAGUUUGUAU